AUGGGCCGGGCGGAUAGGACGCUCCUCCCGGAGAGUAGUGAGACCCCUGGUGCGGGGCGAUUGGUGGCGGGCACUAUGAGUGGCAGCCGCGCGGCCCAACGGGCGCAGUGCGUGGGCCGCGGGGCGGGGCCAGGGCGGGUGCGCGGCGGCGGCGGGGUGGCUGGGCCGGCGGCGGCGGCGGUACGAGGCGCGCGCUCGGGGUCCCGGUCGCGAGGAGGAGGAGGAUGUGGCGCGCGGAGGGGAAAUGGCUGCCGAAAACAAGCCGGAAGGAACUGCCAGACUGUUUUCCAAAGUGGCUGCAUCAUAUUACAUUGCCGCCAGCAAUGUUUGAAGAGCGUUUCCCAAAGUGUAUUCUGCGGAACUAGCACCUACUGUGUUCUCAACACCGUGCCACCUCUAGAAGAUGAUCAUGGGAACAGCAAUAGUAGUCAUGUAAAAAUCUUUUUACCGAAAAAGCUGCUUGAAUGUCUGCCGAAAUGUUCAAGUUUACCCAAAGAGAGGCACCGUUGGAACACUAAUGAGGAAAUUGCAGCUUAUUUAAUAACAUUUGAGAAACACGAAGAAUGGCUAACCACAUCCCCUAAGACAAGACCACAGAAUGGCUCAAUGAUCCUCUACAACAGGAAGAAGGUGAAAUACAGGAAGGAUGGGUAUUGCUGGAAAAAGAGGAAAGACGGGAAAACGACCAGAGAGGACCACAUGAAACUCAAGGUCCAGGGAGUGGAGUGCUUGUACGGCUGCUAUGUGCAUUCCUCCAUCAUCCCCACCUUCCACCGGAGGUGCUACUGGCUCCUUCAGAACCCCGACAUCGUCCUGGUGCACUAUCUGAACGUCCCAGCCAUCGAGGACUGCGGGAAGCCGUGUGGCCCCAUCCUCUGCUCCAUCAACACCGACAAGAAGGAGUGGGCGAAAUGGACGAAAGAGGAGCUCAUUGGGCAGCUGAAACCCAUGUUCCACGGCAUCAAGUGGACCUGCAGCAACGGAAACAGCAGCUCAGGCUUCUCCGUGGAGCAGCUGGUGCAGCAGAUUCUCGACAGUCACCAGACCAAGCCGCAGCCUCGGACCCACAACUGCCUCUGCACCGGCAGCUUGGGAGCGGGCAGCAGCGCUCACCACAAGUGCAACAGUGCCAAACACCGGAUCAUCUCGCCGAAGGUAGAGCCGCGGACAGGGGGGUACGGGAGCCACUCGGAGGUGCAGCACAAUGACGUGUCCGAGGGCAAGCACGAGCACAGCCACAGCAAGGGCCCGAGCCGCGAGAAGAGGAAUGGCAAGGUGGCCAAGCCCGUGCUGCUGCACCAAAACAGCACGGAGGUCUCGUCCACCAACCAGGUGGAGGUCCCCGACACCACCCAGAGCUCCCCCGUGUCCAUCAGCAGUGGGCUCAACAGCGACCCGGACAUGGUGGACAGCCCUGCGGUCACGGGCGUGUCCAGCAUGGCCGUGGCGUCCGUGAUGGGGAGCUUGUCCCAGAGCGCCACGGUGUUCAUGUCCGAGGUCACCAACGAGGCCGUGUACACCAUGUCCCCCACCACCGGCCCCAACCACCACCUCCUCUCGCCCGACGCCUCUCAGGGCCUCGUCCUGGCCGUGAGCUCCGACGGCCACAAGUUCGCCUUCCCCACCACGGGCGGCUCGGAAAGCCUGUCGAUGCUGCCCACCAACGUGUCCGAAGAGCUGGUCCUCUCCACCACCCUCGACGGUGGCCGGAAGAUCCCAGAAACCACCAUGAACUUCGACCCUGACUGCUUCCUCAAUAACCCAAAGCAGGGCCAGACGUACGGGGGCGGAGGCCUGAAAGCGGAGAUGGUCAGCACCAACGUGCGGCACUCGCCACCAGUGGAGAGGGGCUUCAGCUUCACCACCGUCCUCGCCAAGGAGAUUAAGACCGAGGACACGUCCUUCGAGCAGCAGAUGGCCAAAGAAGCGUACUCCUCCUCGGCGGCAGCCGCGGCCUCCAGCUCCCUCACCCUGAGCGCCGGCUCCAGCCUCCUUCCGUCGGGCGGUGGCCUGAGUCCCAGCACCACCCUGGAGCAGAUGGAUUUCAGUGCAAUAGACUCCAACAAGGACUACGCGUCCGGCUUCAGCCAGACGGGCCGCAGCCCCCACGUCCACCAGACCCCUUCCCCGAGCUUCUUCCUGCAGGACGCCAGCAAGCCCCUCCCCAUCGAGCAGAACGCCCACAGCAGCCUGAGCGAGUCCGGGGGCACUUUUGUGAUGCCCACGGUGAAAACGGAGGCCUCGUCACAAACCAGCUCCUGCAGCGGCCACGUGGAGACACGGAUAGAGUCUGCUUCCUCCCUCCACCUCAUGCAGUUCCAGGCCAACUUCCAGGCCAUGGCUGCGGAAGGGGAGGUCACCAUGGAGACCUCGCAGGUGGCCGAAGGGGGCGAGGGCCUCAUCAAGUCUGGGGAGCUGCAGGCCUGUAGCUCCGAACACUACCUGCAGCCCGAGACCACCGGGGUGAUCCGCAGCGCCGGCGGGGUCCCCAUGCUCCCGGGCGGCGUGGUGCAGGGACUCUACCCGGUGGCGCAGCCGGGCCUCGCCAACGCCUCCAGCAUGGAGCUCAGCCUGGACCACUUUGACAUCUCCUUCAGCGGCCAGUUCUCCGACCUGAUCAACGACUUCAUCUCCGUGGAGGGGGGCGGCGGCACCAUCUAUGGGCACCAGCUGGUGUCGGGGGACGGCGCGGCGCUCUCCCAGUCGGAAGACGGGGCCCGCGCCCCCUUCGCCCAGGCGGAGAUGUGCAUGCCCUGCUGUAGCCCCCAGCAGGGGAGCCUGCAGCUGACCAGUGCCGAGGGCGGGGCUGGCACCAUGGCCUACAUGCACGUGGCUGAGGUGGUCUCCACCACCCCAGCGCAGGGCACCCUGGGGAUGCUGCAGCACAGCGGACGGGUGUUCAUGGUGACCGACUACUCCCCGGAGUGGUCUUACCCAGAGGGAGGAGUGAAGGUUCUCAUCACAGGCCCAUGGCAAGAAGCCAGCAAUAACUACAGCUGCCUGUUUGACCAGAUCUCAGUGCCUGCGUCCUUGAUUCAGCCCGGGGUCCUACGCUGCUACUGCCCAGCCCAUGACACUGGUCUUGUGACCCUACAAGUUGCCUUCAACAACCAGAUCAUCUCCAACUCAGUGGUGUUUGAGUACAAAGCCCGGGCCCUGCCCACGCUCCCUUCCUCCCAGCAUGACUGGCUGUCACUGGACGAUAACCAGUUCAGGAUGUCCAUCCUAGAACGUCUGGAGCAGAUGGAGAGGAGGAUGGCGGAGAUGACGGGGUCCCAGCAGCACAAACAGGGGAGCGGAGGAGGCAGCAGCGGAGGGGGAAACGGGAGCGGGAACGGAGGAAGCCAGGCUCAGUGUGCCUCUGGCCCCGGGACGCUGGGCAGCUGCUUCGAGAGCCGUGUGGUUGUCGUGUGUGAGAAGAUGAUGAGCCGCGCCUGCUGGGCCAAGUCCAAGCACUUGAUCCACUCAAAGACUUUCCGGGGAAUGACCCUCUUGCACCUGGCUGCUGCCCAGGGCUACGCCACCCUCAUCCAGACCCUCAUCAAGUGGCGCACAAAGCACGCAGAUAGCAUCGAUUUGGAGCUGGAAGUUGACCCCUUGAAUGUGGACCACUUCUCCUGUACUCCUCUGAUGUGGGCGUGUGCUCUCGGGCACUUAGAGGCUGCUGUCGUGCUGUACAAGUGGGACCGUCGGGCCAUCUCCAUUCCGGACUCUCUAGGAAGGCUGCCUUUGGGGAUCGCCAGGUCGAGGGGUCAUGUGAAAUUAGCAGAGUGUCUGGAGCACUUGCAGAGAGAUGAGCAGGCUCAGCUUGGACAGAACCCCAGAAUCCACUGUCCUCCGAGCGAAGAGCCCAAUACAGAUAGCUGGAUGACCCAGUGGCACAGUGAAGCCAUCCACUCACCGGAAGUACCCAAAGGAGUCACCGUCAUUGCAAGUACCAAUCCAGAGCUGAGAAGACCUCGUUCUGAACCCUCUAAUUACUACAGCAGUGAGAGCCACAAAGAUUAUCCAGCUCCCAAAAAGCAUAAAUUGAACCCUGAGUCCUUCCAGGCAAGGCAGCAGAAACUGCUCUCCACUGCACUGAGUCUGGAACAGCCAAAUAUCAGGAAGCAGAGCCCUAGUUCUAAGCAGUGUGUCCCUGAGACAAUCAGCCCCAGUGAAGGAGUGAGGGACCGCGUCCGGGAAACCUCCCCUCCCGUUCCAGAGACUGCACGACUCCAAGCCUCUGGAUCUCAGCCCGUAGUAAAGUGGAGUCCCAAAGAUCUUUACAUUGGUGUGUCUACAGUACAGGUGACUGGAAAUCCGAAGGGGACCAGUGUAGGAAAGGAUGCCGCACCUUCACAGGUGCGUCCACGGGAACCAAUGAGUGUCCUGAUGAUGGCUAACAGAGAGGUGGUGAAUACAGACAUGGGGCCCUACCGUGAUAGUGCAGAGAGCGAGGAGUGCACACAGCCCAUGGAUGACAUCCAGGUGAACAUGAUGACCUUGGCAGAGCACAUCAUCGAAGCCACGCCUGAUCGAAUCAAGCAGGAGAGUUUUGUGCCCACGGAGCCCUCGGCUUUGGAAAGAACAGACACUGCCACCAUCAGCAGUACCAUGAGCUGGCUGGCCAGUUACCUGGCCGAUGUCGAUCGUCUGCCAAGCGCUGCCCAGAUCAGAAGUGCAUAUAACGAGCCUCUAACCCCUUCUUCUAAUACCAGCUUGAGCCCUGUCGGCUCCCCAGUCAGUGAAAUAGCUUUCGAGAAACCCAGCCUUCCCUCAGCAGCAGAUUGGUCUGAAUUCCUGAGCGCGUCUACCAGUGAGAAGGUAGAGAACGAAUUUGCUCAGCUGACUCUGUCUGAUCACGAGCAGAGAGAACUCUAUGAAGCUGCCAGGCUCGUCCAGACCGCUUUCCGGAAAUACAAGGGCCGACCCUUGCGAGAACAGCAAGAAGUGGCUGCUGCCGUCAUUCAGCGUUGUUACAGGAAAUACAAACAGCUGACAUGGAUAGCCUUGAAGUAUGCACUUUAUAAAAAGAUGACACAGGCUGCCAUCCUAAUCCAGAGCAAAUUCCGAAGUUACUACGAACAAAAAAAAUUUCAGCAGAGCCGGCGUGCCGCGGUGCUGAUCCAGAAGUAUUACCGGAGUUAUAAGAAAUGUGGCAAAAGACGACAGGCUCGCCGAACAGCUGUAAUUGUACAACAGAAACUCAGGAGCAGUUUGCUAACCAAAAAGCAGGACCAAGCUGCUCGAAAAAUAAUGAGGUUUCUACGCCGCUGCCGCCACAGAUUUCUGGAAAAUGGCAAGAUCUCUCUUUUCCUAAAUUCCCCACAAGCUAUUGCAGCUCUCAGAGCAACAGGUAACUAAUCAGAAAGCCGCAUCUGGCUGCCCUGUAUAUUUUUGACGUCCAGCAUUGCAAGAAUAUAUCUGCUGAAAUCCACUGACUCAUGAAACAUUUCUCUGGCUGAGCGUUACCAAGUAGAUGUAAUGAAGCGGCUUUGCCUUAUGCUUUACCCAUGGAGCCAUUGUUUGCUACAAGUUUCGGAAGCAGGCCUACCUCAUUUAUUCGUGAAUUCUCAUUGGACGUCUGAUGGAAACAAACCCUGUGUGGGCUUCUGCUGGCUUUCAGUGCUGUUGCUUUCCUACAUCACUUCAGUACAUUAGAAUGCAACAUUCGUUUUUAUGUUUCCUCGUUUCUUUUUUUUCUUUCCUUCUUUCUUUCUUUCUUUCUUUCUUUCUUUUUUUUUUUGUUGUUGUUGUUGUCGUUGAGACCGCAGCAAUACCCCAAAGUGGGGAUUAUCUUCAGCCUAGAACGCUUGGGCAAAUCCCGGGGUUGUCUUCCAUUUUCAUAGCGGAAUGGCUGCAGGGGAAAGUCGCGCUGCCCUGAUUGCCUCCCCUCCCAGCCAGUCCCUGGAGGGCCCUUUCCCGAGGUACCGACUGGACUGACGCGCGCAGCUCAGAAACGUGCUCCCGGCGGCUCUCCUUGCGGCCGCGACAGCCUCGUAGCCACAGAAGCUGUGGUUUCUGCCCCCGGUCAAUGGUCUUCAGAGCCCCAAGGAAGACUGCUUUGCCUGUCUUCUGUGCAGUGGAAUUCAGAAGCAAGCAUACACACUGUAUACGGGGUUUGUUUUUAGGGGACCAGGACAUCCUCAGGUUAGGCUGUUUCUUGGCCCUGAAUGAAUCCAGCAGGUGUAAUCCCUUUAGAGAACCAAAGCCUCAGUAACCAGUAGCUGAGUUGGGACAGCACGUACAACGCAACGAGAGUUGAUGGAACGCCUGUCUGUAUUCUAAGUUCCGCAAAUACCGCCACUGGAUUUUCCAACG